ACCCCGCCCCGGGGACGAUGCCCCCGUCGCCCCCGCAACCGCCCAAGGAGCGGCGGGGGCCGGGUUGGGGUUCACCGGCCCUGGGACCACUCUCCGCCCUGCUGCUUGUGACCUUUGCCCUCUACCUCUUCCUCCAGGGGCGGUCCGACACCGAAGCGCUCCCUGAGAAAAAGCCCAGGGAAGGCGAGUCUCCCCAGACAGAGCGGCGGCUGGCUGAGCUGGAGCGGCAGCUGGCGCUUACCGAAAGACUCUUGAGCGGCAUCCUGACCCAGCUCGAUCCUCUGUCCCAGCGCCUGGACACUCUGGCCGGGGCCCGGCAGGCGGAGAUGACCGCGCAGCUCCAAUCGCUUCGACGGCUGCUGGAGAGCAGAGCGGACGGCGUCGCUGCCCCCCAUGCCUGGAGCACCCCCCCUGCCGCGCAACUGACUGUCAGUGGCGGAACCCGGGCUUGGAGUUUGGAAGAGGAAGGAGCUGAGACCGCUUGGGCUCCAGAUUCCGGCCGGCCGGAGACGGGGGUGGAAUCUGGAGAAGGUGGAGAACUGGCAUCUGGAGCGAGGCAUAGACUGGGAGACUGGGGAUUGAGGAGGAGGAGGAAGAGGAAGAGGGAGGAGAAUCAGGAGCUGGGGACCAGCCCGAGGUGAAACCGGACUGAACCCACCCAGAAUCCAGUUCAUUCUUGCUCUCCCAGGAGGAGGCUGGGCGGGGUGUUUUCCUUCAACUCGGUGGAGGCUCCCACCGAAAAAGGAGCUGAAUGGCAGUGGGCGGGAAUCCUUCAAGGCAGCCCUAACUGGAUCUGGUCUGUCCGUCGCCCCACACCUUAGAAGGUGGACGGAGGGGCUGAAGGGCACGCUGGUUCCUCAACCGAAAAAUAAACCCCAUUUGGAUUAGA